AUGGAGAACGAGAUAUCGCCGACGAUAAUGCCGGCAACAUGGCCUUCAGAUCCGCCCGCGAGGGAUGACAACGAAAGAACUGCGCUUCUCCCCAAGCCGUUGUCGUCCCCGGCGAGCGCGUGGUGGAUAAAUCCCCUGUAUCGGGAAUGGCUGUCCGAAAUAUGGCUCCUGGCAAGGGCCUCAAUCCCGGUGAUACUGGCCUACAUGCUUCAGAACAGCCUGCAGACCGUCUCUGUCCUGAUAGUCGGCCGCAUCUCCCCAGAGGCGCUAGCCACUGCUGCUUUCUGCUACAUGUUCGCCAUGGCCUCCGGCUGGCUCGUCGCAAUAGGCGGCACGACAGCGCUGGACACCCUCGCAUCGGCGAGUUUCACCGGCUCACAGAAUAAGCAGGACCUGGGGAUCCUGCUGCAGAGGGGGAUCGCGGUUCUGUCGCUGCUUUACGCCGCCGUGGCCGUGCUGUGGGGGUUCUCUGAGCCCCUAUUCCGCAUUCUCGGUCAAGAGGAGUUCAUCUGCGUCGAGGGCAGCAAGUUCCUCCGCAUACUAAUCCCCGGCGGGCUGGGCUACGUAUGGUUCGAGUCGAUGAAGAAGUACCUGCAAGCCCAAGCGAUCUACCGGCCAGGGACGUAUGUGCUCCUUAUCACGUCGCCGCUCAAUGCCCUGCUCAACUACCUCUUCGUCUACCCGUUCGGCCUCGGCUUGUACGGGGCCCCGCUCGCGACCGGCAUCUCCUACUGGGUCUCGUUCCUGCUGCUAGUUGCGUAUUCGGCAUUUGUCCGCGGCCACGAGUGCUGGGGCGGCCUCUCACCACGCCGUGCCCUAUCUAACCUCGGGCCAUUCGCACGCCUCGCGGUUCUGGGCGUCGUCCACGUCGGCACCGAGUGGUGGGCCUUCGAGAUUGUGGCCUUGGCCGCUGGCCAGCUCGGUACCGUCGCGCUCGCGGCGCAGUCCGUCAUCAUGACCGCCGAUCAGGUCAUCAAUACAGUGCCUUUCGGGCUCGGCGUCGCCGCCUCCGCCCGCCUAGGCAACCUGCUCGGGGCGCGGAGGCCGCGAGAGGCCGCGCGGGCGGCCCACUGCGCGGCCGUGCUGUCGACGAUCAUGGGCGCCGCCAUCCUGGGGGUCCUGAUGGGUGCCAAGGACGUGUUCGGACGGAUCUUCAACGACGACGAGCGCGUGGUCGAGCUCGUGGCGGAGGUCAUGCCGUUCGUGGCGCUGUUCCAGAUCGCGGACGGGCUAAACGGGAGCUGCGGCGGGGCGCUGCGAGGCAUGGGACGGCAGUGGGUCGGCGCGCUCGUGAACCUGGUCAGCUACUACGGCGGGGCGCUGCCGGCGGGCAUCUACCUCGCCUUCCAUGGAUGGGGCCUGCGGGGCCUGUGGAUCGGGCAGUGCGUCGCCCUAUACCUGGUCGGCUUCCUGGAGUGGGUGAUCGUCGGAUUGAGCAGAUGGGACGAGGAGGUCGAGAGGGUGCUGGAGAGGCUGGAGGCGGACGAUGUAGUGGACGAUGAUUUCCCUGGACCCCGGGAGGCGGUAGCGGAGAGAGGAGAGGACCAGCUCAAUGUAUAA